UACUUUUGUAGUAACAGUAAAAUUAAGAGAUUUGAAUCUUCUUAAGAAAUAUGGGCAUGGAGCUUCGUGUUCUAAUGGUGAUGGCUAUGGUUAUAGCUCUAACCUCUGUUGGUUCGGCAGCAAGUGGAACUGCCACUUACUACACCGCACCUUAUGUUCCCUCAUCAUGCUAUGGGUAUGAAGACGAAGGGACUAUGAUCGCAGCAGCAAGUGAUGCAGUUUGGAACAAUGGAGCAGCAUGUGGUACAUACUACACAGUGACAUGCACUGGGCCUACAAACCAAGGUGUGACACAACCUUGCUACAAUACAAGUGUAACCAUUAAGAUCGUCGAUUAUUGCCCUUCCGGUUGCCAAGGAACCCUUGAUUUGUCUCAAGAAGCUUUUUCCACCAUCGCCGAUCUCAAUGCCGGCAAAAUCUACAUCGAUUAUUAUUAAUUAAUUAGUAAGCAUGAAUGC